CCUGACCAUGGCUGUAACUGCAGCAAAGACAACUGCGAGUUUUCUCUCCACAACUGCCACAACCACCACAAUCCCCUUCCUCUCGACGGGCACCAGCGCCAAAGACAAUGUCACCUCGAGGACAACGUUAAUGACUGUUACUAUAACAACAAACGAGACCAGCUUCAAUGCUACCACAUUUCCGGAGGCAGUGAUCGAGGGCUCGGGAAUGGGAAUGGUACUCGUACCCUUUGGCAUCAUCACUGUCAUCGGCUUGGCAGUGGCAAUAAUGCUGUAUAUUCGGAAACGGAAGCGGUUGGAGAAGCUGAGGCACCAGCUCAUGCCUAUGUACAACUUUGACCCGGCCGAAGAACAAGAUGACCUGCUGGAACAGGAACUACUGGACCAUGGCCGGGAUGGCAGCCUCUCUGGUCCCAAUGCCAAGACUCUCACAACCUCCCAGGGGACCACGCAGAGGCCCAGUCGUCUGGUCUUCACAGAUGUAGCCAAAGCUCUCAAUGCUUAACGGCACUCUUCCAUUAGUUGAUUUCUGUUUGCGGGGGGCCACUGCCUCCAUUAAGAUACCGUAUGUCGCUCAGGAAGGAAAACAAAGAACUGUUUUUGGGAACAACUGGAGCUUCGGUUAUUGAUUUCAUUACUACGACAUAGUAUGUGAAAUGACAAUGGUUUUCAAAAUAUGAAAAAACGUUUGGGUGCAUGUACAAUAAGGGAAAAUAAUAGGAAGCAUCACAUAUGAUCUUGCACUGUUAUCAUUUGCCGCACAAAUACAGUGUGAUGCACUUUUCUUAAAAUCAUGUCCUGUCAUUGCUGUUAAAAUGUCUGAUUACUUGUCAGUGAAGUUCUUCAGAGCUUCCUUAUCUACUUCCAUGUUUGAUAAGAGAGUGUACAUUUGUGUUAUACUACUUGUGUGAUCUUACAUCUCUGACCAGUGUGAACACUGGAUGUUUUAGCAUCCUUAAGUGAACUGUCUCCUUCCAUCUGGUUUCUUCU